UCCACCACCACAGCAAUCAGCCAGGAUAUUUUUUAUUCCAUCGCUGCACAAAGCAUUGCUCAGCGAGAUUGAGUUCUCUACUUAGAUUUGUAGCUGAACUCUUCGCAAGCUCCCCUUGCUUUCUCGGAACUUCGCGGAAUGGCCGCUGUUGCUCUCUCAUCGACUCCGGUCUUCCGCAAUGGCCUGCAGAAUUCCGCUCUUCGCAGAGCGAAACAGAGCUCGUUUCUUGGAUCUGUCUCUGCGCUGCGUGGCGGUGUUGAGCGUCCUGUGCUGAAGCAUCAUGCGCCAACGGUGCGGAUGAUUGCCGCUCCUGAGAGACCCCCAAUAACGAGCCUUGAGAGCGAUAUUGAUGUCCCUCCCAUGCCUUCUUUCGAGGAGUGCUUCCCGUCAAGCACCAAGGAAUCAAGGGAAGUUGUGCACGAGGAGACGGGAACUGUCCUGCGUGUCCCGUUUCGGAGGGUUCAUCUGUCAGGCGAGGAGCCUCCGUUCGACGUGUACGACACCAGCGGUCCUCAGAACGUCGACUGCAAAGCAGGUCUGCCAAAGCUGAGGGACUCCUGGAUCGCAAGGAGGGAGAAGCGCGGAGACAAGUGCUUCACACAGAUGCACUAUGCUAAGAAGGGCAUCAUCACAGAAGAGAUGCUCUACUGUGCGGCAAGGGAGAACAUGGAUCCUGAGUUCGUCCGAUCCGAGGUUGCUCGCGGGCGGGCCAUCAUCCCUUCCAACAAGCGUCAUCUGGAGCUUGAACCUACGAUCGUGGGUCGGAAUUUCCUUGUGAAGAUCAAUGCCAACAUUGGAAACUCCGCUGUCGCGAGCUCCAUUGAGGAGGAGGUUCAGAAGCUGAAGUGGUCAACGUUGUGGGGUGCGGACACAGUAAUGGACCUGUCAACUGGCGAUAACAUUCAUGAGACACGCGAGUGGAUCCUGCGUAAUUCUGCCGUUCCCCUUGGGACUGUUCCAAUCUACCAGGCUCUGGAGAAGGUGAACGGAAUCGCUGAGGACCUCACUUGGGAGAUCUUCCGUGAGACGCUCCUUGAGCAGGCUGAGCAAGGAGUGGACUACUUCACAAUCCACGCUGGAGUCCUGCUGAGGUUCAUUCCUCUCACAGCCGAGCGUCUUACUGGCAUCGUUUCUCGUGGUGGCUCUAUUCAUGCCAAGUGGUGCCUAACCUACCACAAGGAGAACUUCGCCUAUGAGCACUGGGACGAGAUUCUUGACAUUUGCCGUGAAUAUGACAUUGCCAUCUCUAUUGGUGAUGGCCUCAGGCCUGGUUGCAUUCGUGACGCCAAUGACAUGGCUCAGUUCUCUGAGCUGGCCAUUCAAGGCGAGCUGACUCGUCGCGCAUGGGAGAAGGAUGUCCAGAUUAUGAAUGAGGGUCCAGGGCACGUUCCUCUUCACAAGAUUCCUGAGAACAUGAGGAAACAGCUUGACUGGUGCAACGAGGCUCCCUUCUACACGCUGGGCCCUCUGACAACGGACAUUGCCCCUGGUUACGACCACAUCACAUCAGCCAUUGGUGCUGCCACCAUUGGCGCCCUUGGGACGGCACUUCUCUGCUACGUCACUCCCAAAGAGCAUCUUGGGCUGCCCAACCGUGAGGAUGUGAAGGCAGGAGUGAUUGCUUACAAAAUAGCGGCACAUGCUGCAGACUUGGCCAAGCAGCAUCCUUAUGCUCAGGAAUGGGAUGAUGCCCUGAGCAAGGCCCGUUUUGAGUUCCGCUGGCGCGACCAGUUUAACCUGUCCCUUGAUCCAACAACUGCUCAGGCCCUUCAUGACGAGACCCUGCCUGCUGAUGGCGCUAAGCUUGCUCAUUUCUGCUCCAUGUGUGGGCCUAAGUUCUGCUCCAUGCGCAUUACUGAGGACGUCCGCAAGUAUGCUGCUAAGCACGGCUAUGGGGAGAACGUUGAUGCAGCUGUGCAGAAAGGAAUGGAGGAGAUGAGUGCUGAGUUCCUUUUGGCUAGGAAGGUCAUCAGUGGCGAGCAGGACAAGGGUGGGGAGAUUUACCUGCCUGAGACAUACGUCAAGUCUUCUGGCUCCUCUGCCAACCUCAACUAAAGCUGAAUCAUGCAGUUGAUAUUGGAUGGGACAGACAGCCUCCUUGAAGAUGGUGAAGGAUGCCAGUGCUGGCUAUUCAGAUCUUCCUGGUUCUUUCUGUAUCUUCGUUUUCUCCUUCCCUCGUUCUUGAACUGAUCCACCUGGCACCAGGGGUGCCCACUCUCCGACGCAGUGACUCAGGUGGCCAACAUAGCUAUCCCUUACGGAUGCAUGUGCCAUGCCACGAACGCUGUGUCUGGUUGAGUGGGCUGAGAAAAAACCCUUCGCACCUGAACAGGGUAAUGCCUGCGAAGGGAGCGUGCCACGUUUCGUUUGUGUGUUCUGUCUCUUUACCUGUGGUACUUGCAGGCCUUACAUAGAGACAGACUUUCUUGCAUGUGUAAUUGUCCAUUCGAGUAAUGGAUCUUUUGUGAACUCAUUCCUUACUCCGAAUUGUAAUGGUCUCCAAGAACUGAGUGA